AUGUCAGAGCCGGUAGAGGGAACAACAGAUACAAUUCCUCAACAGGUUUUACCAUUAGAAGUAAUAGAUCGUUCAAUUGGGAAAAAACUUCGAGUUUUGAUGACAAGUGAUAAAGAGUUUUACGGUACUCUUAUAGGUUUUGAUGAUUAUGUUAAUAUGGUUCUAGAAGAUGUUGAGGUGAUAAGUAAUGACGAUGAUAAACAAGUGGUUAAAAAGAUGUUAUUAAAUGGAGGUCAUAUUGCAAUGAUAGUGCCAGAUCACCACUAG